AUGUCUGCAUAUUUAUUUUUAACCAAUGCUGCCAUUCAACAGCAGAUCAUUAGAAAGACCGAGAACAAUCGUAAAAGGUCAGGUUCACAAUCUAAUCCUUCGUCAAGACGGCCAAGCGUUUCAUCUACUUCGAGCUCCAGUACAAAUGGUAGUACAAGAAAAUCUAAGAUUUUCAGCUUUGGCUUUGGAAGUUCAACUUCACCAGUCGCAUCUCCUCAAGUUCAUAGACUAGCUCAAGGAGGAAAUUCAGAAAUAAACAAUCCUAAAGAACAAGAACAACAGUUGCCACUUAGUCCACCAUUCUCACCAAACUCAAUUCCUGGAGCAUCUACUCAAUAUGCUCACCUCAAUGAAAAGCUUAAUGCUGCUAUUUACAUGUCUGACAAUAACCAUAUUCACAAAUUAAUGUCAUUCAGGCACGUUCAGUUAUUAAGGUAUUCAUACUUUCAAGAAUUCAUAUACGAUUAUACCUAUGUGAGAAACAACGAGUUUAAAUGUGCCUAUAUGAAGAAAAUAUACGAUGAAGAAGCAAGUGAAGAAGAGACAGAAGACUCGACAUCCUUGAAUGGCCAAUCUAACACAACCGCCAAUGAUGCUAUUACAGAUAGCAGCAUUGACAGAUCGAGUUUUAGUCUUAGUGAGUUAGUUAUUGAUGAAUAUGAAGAAGAUCUCUACUAUAUACGUAGAUUAAGAAAACCAUCUACGAGUCAAUCAUCACCGGUAUCACCUCAGUCUAAGAAGUUCGAACAACACGAGCAAGUUCACAAUGUAGAAAACAUUUUUCAAUCGAACUUAUUUUGGAAUGCCGUUUACCAAGAUAUCAAAUUUGAAAAUUAUGAAUUAUACGAGAAACUACCCAUAUUAACGAACCUUCAGAAUUUCUUUAACGACUACUUCGAAUAUUUCUUUGUUAAUUUGAGAGAUUAUAAUGAACAGUAUUUUUACUUCACUGAUUUAAAUUACCAAUAUUUUAGUUACAUGAAUGAAGAAUUUCAUCAAAAUUUGUUUAAAAAUAACGAACAAGCUAUUGAACUUAUGAUUACAACCGUAAUUGAUAAUUUCCGAUUAAAGAUAUCUAAUUCUAAGAAAUUAGAUAGAUUAUAUGAAAUGUGGGAACAUUUCUUAAAAUAUGUAAUACUUGAUUUGGUUAGAGAUUCUUCCACAACAACAACAAGCCAAGAAAAAGAUGACCGAAAACAUAGUAUUUAUUCAGUCCAGUCUUCUAUAAUUUCAAGGUCAAGUCAAAAAUCAUCAACAUCAUCUUUAGAUAAUGAUUCGGUUAAAAGUAAGCUAAUGAAGAAACAUCGCUUGUUUUAUCCAUAA